CCAAAAGUCUAAAAUAAACCAAAAGCAUGUCCUAAUUAUUCUCCUCUGUUUUCAUCAUUGUUUCACCAAAUCAUUACAACAUGAAACCUUCCAUAAUAUUUUCCUCUCUUCUAAUCAUCUUCCUCAUCUUCACUGCCACUGCCACCAUCUCAGGCUACACCUUCAAGGCAAUCACUCCAAAUUUCAGUGCCACAUACCUCGAAUUCAUUGAUGACUCUGGAACCUUCUUAAUAUCUCCAAACGGAACAUUCAAGGCUGCAAUAUUCAACCCGGGUUCCCAGCAAACCAGCUUCUAUCUCUGCAUAAUCCAUGUUGCAUCAAGAACCAUCACUUGGUCCGCCAACCGCGGCCGCGCCGUCUCGAGCUCCGGCCAAAUGAAUCUAACUGUUAAAGGGAUAACAAUUUCUGAUGAAAGUGGAAGGAAUAAUCCUGUAUGGUCAACUCCACCAUUGAGAUCACAAGUUGGUAGGCUUGUCCUCACUGACAUGGGUAACCUCCUACUCCUUGAUCCUUCCAAUGUUUCUCUUUGGGAAAGUUUUCGCUAUCCAACCGACACAAUUAUCAUCGGCCAGAGCUUACCUGUUGGAUCAUCUUUGUCAAGUUCUUCAUCAGAUUCAGACUUGUCCAUUGGAAGCUACAACCUCACAAUCACUUCCUCUGAUGCAAUCCUCCAAUGGCUUGGACAGACAUAUUGGAAACUUUCAAUGGACACAAAGGCGUAUAGGAAUUCAUUAAGCAUGGUGGAGUACAUGGCUGUGAACAGAACAGGUUUCUACCUAUUUGGAAGUAAUGGAACGGUUGCUGUGUUUCUGGUAGGGUUACCGGAGUCGAAUUUUCGAGUAGCUACAUUGGAUAACUCUGGCCAUUUUGUGAUCAAAAGUUUUUCUUCCGGAACCGGUUGGAAGCAGGAAUUUCAAGGGCCAGAUGAUGGUUGUGGAACUCCCUUAGUUUGUGGCAGAGUUGGUUUAUGCAAUGAUGAUGAUACCUCUUCUUCUUCUUCUUCUUCUUCAUCAUCAUCAUUACCUGUUUGUUCUUGUCCCCAGAAUUUUCAUGUAGGUUCAGGUAAUUCUGGUGGUUGUGUUCCAAGCAACGGUUCUUAUUCCUUUCCAUAUUCUUGUGAUGGUUCUAAUAAUGAUAGUUACCACAACAACAACCAAUCAAAUUCUUCUUCUUCAGUUGUUUCAUUCUUGAAUCUUGGAAAUGGUUUGGACUACUUUCACAAUAUCUACACCGAUCCUGUUAUGGACAGUGUGGAUUUAUCGUUAUGUCAGGAUCAAUGUUCCAAGAAUUGUUCAUGCUUGGGAGUCUUCUAUAGAAACUCAUCCGGUUCAUGCUAUGUGAUUGAAAACGAGUUGGGGUCAAUUUUGUCAAGUAACGAUGGAGCCAAUCAAGACAUGUUUGGCUUCAUCAAGGUCUCUAUAGGAUCCACAACCACCAAUGAUGAUACGAGAGAUGUUGAAGAUGGCGGAGGAGGCUUUCCGGUGGUGGCCGCAGUGUUGUUGCCGAUCACAGGCUUCGCUCUCUUGAUGGCCUUUCUUUUCUUCUUGUGGAGAAGAUCUAUUAAAAUUUCCAAAAGAAAACAAGAUUUGGAACUCGGAAAACCCAACAAUAAUUAUUCUCAUUCUUCCGGGGACCUUGAUGCCUUCUACAUCCCGGGUUUGCCUCGAAGAUUCGACUACGACGAACUCAAAAAGGCCACCGAUGAUUUCAAGACUCUGAUCGGCUCCGGUGGUUUUGGUACGGUGUACAAAGGAGUUCUCUCCGACAAUGCCGUCGUGGCGGUCAAGAAAAUAGUCAACAUAGGAGUUCAAGGGAAGAAAGACUUUUGCACAGAAAUUGCUGUCAUUGGAAACAUCCAUCAUGUCAAUCUUGUGAAAUUAAAAGGCUUUUGUGUCCAAGGAAGGCAUCGGUUUUUGGUGUAUGAGUACAUGAAUCUUGGUUCCCUCGACCGAACGUUGUUCGGUGGAGGGCCACCAUUGGAAUGGCAAGAGAGAUAUGACGUGGCAUUGGGGACGGCGCGUGGUCUUGCCUAUCUUCAUGGUGGGUGUGAGCAUAAAAUUAUUCACUGCGAUAUCAAACCUGAAAAUAUUCUUUUGCAUAAUCAUUUUCAAGUUAAGAUAUCGGAUUUUGGAUUAUCAAAACUUCUUAGUCCCGAACAAUCUGGAUUGUUCACAACAAUGCGAGGUACCCGUGGAUACCUCGCUCCAGAAUGGCUCACAAAUUCUGCUAUCACAGAAAAAACUGAUGUGUAUAGUUAUGGUAUGGUUCUUCUCGAACUUAUAAGCGGAAGGAAAAAUUGUUAUUUUAAAUCAAGAAGUCAUAGUAUAGACGAGGAUAGUAAUAGUGGCGGCCGAGGAGGAGGAGGUGGUCAUAACUCUUCGUCAUCUUCGACGUCAGGAUUGCUUUAUUUUCCUUUGUUGGCAUUGGAGAAGCAUGAAGAAGGGAACUACAUGGAUCUUGCUGAUCCGAGACUAGAAGGGCGCGUGACGAACGAGGAGGUGGAGAAGCUUGUGCGGAUUGCGUUGUGCUGUGUCCAUGAAGAACCGGCGUUGAGGCCGAACAUGGCGGCGGUUGUUGGGAUGUUGGAAGGUGGUAUGCCAUUGCCGCAACCAAAGAUGGAGUCUCUGAACUUUUUAAGGUUUUAUGGUCGUAGAUUUACGGAGGCUUCAAUGAUAAUUGAGGAGAAUAACGAUAACGAAGGAGGAAGAAGAGAAGUGAAUAAUAAUUCUUCAUCAAGCAUGACAAGUGGUGGCUCUCAAGCUGCUUUAGUUUCUUACAUAUCUUCACAGACUGUCUCAGGGCCAAGAUAGGGUUAGUUAUAUGGUGGAAACUCAGUGCAGUCGAUUUGAUGUGAAGUUGAUAAUUGAGAGUCGUUAGAUAAUUUAAUUAAUUUGACUAAAUUUUCAUUUAACGGCUCUCAACUAUCAACUUCACCUGAAGUCGAGUACACUGUACUUAAGUUUUUCCAAGUUAUAUAUAUGCAACUUGUGUUCGCACCAAAAAAUUGAAGAAGAGAGUAUGUUGAUGUAUUUUUAAAGUUGAUAAUCAUCAAUUGUAUGAUAAAUGAUUAUUCUAUCUUUAUUUCUUCUUCAUAACUAUUAA